AACACCACAAAUAGCAGAAACAGGUACAGGAGAGCUGUCAUCGAUCCUCAUGUCGUCCAUCUACUCAUCGUACUUCAUGAAGGAUUUGUGCCCCUCUGAAAACAUAACGGCAAGCUUCCACCCACACCCUCUCCGGCUGAAGGAUGCUCACGAAACGCCAUAUUAUUGUGUGGGAUGUAAGGAGAAAGGCUUUGGAAAGUGCUACCAGUGUGAAGAUCCUGAAAAUUGCGACUAUCAUCUUCAUCGGCAGUGCUGUGAUUUAUCCACGUUAUGCGAGAGUGGCUACUCCUCCUCCAUCAAAUUCCCAUUCCUGGAGAGUAAGAAAUGCGACUUUGUAUUUCAGAAGGAAGCCCCAGGAGCCAAUCAGAGAGGUUGUGAUGCAUGUGGGAGGGACGUGAAAGGGUGGUCUUACCAGUGUAAAAUGUGUGAAAAACCCCACUAUUUACACCCCUGUUGCGCCAAGCUUCCCAUCAACCUAAAAGGGGAGAACGGGAUUGUGCUUGAUCUUAAAGCCAAGACCUCAUCAAAGUGCCUAGAAUGCGGAAGUAAGAAUAUUUCCCAAGGACUCAGGGGCUGGUUCUACUCUUCCAACUGUGGGAAACACUGUUAUCAUGUUGGGUGUGUUAUGGACAUGGUUCUGAAGAAUUUGGAGAAGGGUGGUCAUGGGUGUGAUGAUGGUCGAUAUCUUAUCAAAGAAACUAGUGAUGAGAGGAAGAGUUGCAGCUGUGAAUCCUUGACAAGGGCUCAAAGCGGAGCUAUCACAAAGCGAAGUCGAAAGGUGGGGACGAUGAAGUUUAUAACGGAGGCAACAAUCAUUGUUCUCAACCUCAUUAUUUCUGCCAUAUUGGGGAUUCCGAUUACUAGUGCUUGUGUUGCUUUCUAUAACUUGUUUUAAUGCUUGUGUUUUGAUCCUCUACAAUUAGUUAGUUUUGUUUUAUUUUAUCUGGAUCGUUUCAUGCACAAGUAAUAUUGCUGUCCCUAUCCCUUUGCAAGAAAUAUUUUCUAUAGAAAAUGGGCUCUUUUCUUUUC